AUGCCUCUGGAUUGCGAGUCGCCCAACAUCAGACCCCUGGACCCCAAGGACCAAUGGAAGCCGAUCGACAACAUCCGGUCACUGCUCUUCAUUGUCGUUCGUGAAGUCCUGAAUCAUGAUGCAUUGCGCGUAGCUCUAGACGAGCUGAUCAGACACCAUUUACCCAUCCUGGGGGCACGCAUCAAGCGUAAUCGAAAGAAUCGAUCGCUAGAGUACCACCUGCCGAGGACCAUCUCUGAGGACUACGCUUUGUUCUCUUGGUCUACCAGAGAGGUCCACGCUGGACUCGAGACGUCAGAUCUACUUCCCAGAGUGACAGACAAGUCCGUCACUACCGUCAGCUCGAUUCCUACUCUGGAGGCACACUGGACGCCAUGCGACUGGCCAGUGGAACGCAAGUUCGACAAACCCGACACGCGCCUUCUUUUGGUCCAUCUCACGAGAUACACAAACUCGACGGUGGUGGCAAUGAAUCUUCCACACGCUGUGGCGGAUCAAAUGGGCUUUGGGAGCUUGAUCAGGGCGUGGCUUCUCGUCUAUCGUGGAGAGCAGCCUCCUCCCUUCCUAGACUUGAGCCAGGGCCAGCUCGACGGCCCCAAGAAUGUGUCCAAGAAAGAGAUGCGAACAAAAGGCAAAUAUCGUCUAGUGUCGCGAAAGGAGAAGCUCGAGAUAAAUCUUGGUUUGAUGCUUCACUUGAUGCCCCCGUCCAAAGAAGAGCGUCGCACACUCUUUUUUCCGACUGCGCUGAUUGAACGGUUACGAGACAAGCAUCAAGAAAGUCUCAAGGCGAAUUAUGGGGUUGCCUCGCCGCUACUGACCAACGGCGAUAUUCUUGCGGGGAUGCUGGUCAAGGUAUGA